GGCGCGCGUGUCCGCGACAAACCUCAUUCUCAACCACCAUAGAUCCUCUCUUCAAGAGCAAGCCGUGCUCUUCGCCUCUCUCGCUCAUUUCCUCAACAAUGUCUUUCGCGGCUGCCUCCCUAAGACGGAGCUCCAGUCUGCUCUCCUGCCCCCGGACCUGGAUACGUCCGUCGCAAUACCGAACCUUCACCAGCUGCCCCGUAUGCUCCGCGUUUACGAACAGUAAUUCUGUGCGCGCUGCCCCAUCUUCUUCUUCCCCAGCAGCGAAACCGGCCUCCUCCAGUUUCACCCGCACCGCCCAAUCGACCACCAAGCCCGCCUCCGCAUCACCUUCUUCCUCCUCUCCAAACACCUCCCUCUCCAACCGCACCGUCCGUCCCACCAUCCCAGCCACCGAACCUCCACCCCCGACAGCCCGUUCCACCGCCCUCGAAUCCGAUUCUCAAUCCCAACGCUCCCUAACCGACGGCCUGCUCGACGCGCCCCCCGAAGUCUCCGCCGAAACCCCUGCCAUCGACUGGACGCGCUCCUACCACGGUCUCGGCAGCGUAUCCUUCACCCCGGAGCAAACCGAGAUUCUGCUCGGGCCCAUUGAGCAGGAUGAUGUCGAGGUGAAACCGGAUGGGAUCGUGUAUCUGCCCGAGAUCAAGUACCGGCGGAUUUUGAACAAGGCGUUUGGCCCCGGGGGAUGGGGUUUGGCGCCGAGGGGGGAGAGUAUCGUGACGGCGAAGUUGGUGACGAGGGAGUAUGGGCUUAUUGUUCAGGGGCGCCUCGUCUCCAUCGCCCGCGGCGAACAGCAGUACUUCGACCCCGACGGCAUUCCGACUGCGACCGAGGGCUGCAAAUCCAACGCUCUGAUGCGGUGCUGCAAGGACUUGGGGAUCGCGUCGGAGCUCUGGGAUCCGCGGUUCAUUCGCAAGUUUACGGCGGAGAUGACCAAGGAGGUGUGGGUCGAGCAUGUGCUGACGAAGAAGAAGAAGAAGAUUGUGUUGCGCAAGGAUGAUGUGGUUAGGUAUCCGUUCAAGGAGUCGAGGAUGUAGGGUGGUCAGGGAUGUAUUUGUGUAUAUCUAUACACCUGGGAAAGGGGAUAUAUUGUAGGAUAUAAGCGAUCACGGGUCUCGUGAAAUAUAAAAGGAAUAGCCUGUGGAGU